UGAUUGGAAAUAAUCGGGACGAUUCCCAGACUCUCCUCCGCCCAGGUGCUCGGCCCGGGGCGCGCGCAUGCGCACACAGGCCCGCCUCCAGAAGGGACGACCGAGCGGCCCCGACGAGCGUCGAAGGCGGCCCAGGCCUCAAGUCCCCGCCGCUCCUGCCUGGUUCCCGUGGGCCCUAGCCUCGCAGGCCCAGGGGAAGGCCCGACGCCUCCUCCCGCCCCGACCUUUCUUACGGUUAUCGCCGCUCACACCGAAACAGGAGGAGGAGGAGGAGGACAGGAAAAGGGACGGCGCCUCGCCCGCCCGCCAGGCAGAAUGACGGGCCCCCGACACGGACUUAAAGAAAUAUGCAUUGCUACAACUUUGUUUUGGAAUUGAUGAAGUGGAAAUACAGAUGAAACCAGUUUGCAGAAUAUCAACCAUACAGCACGAUCUGACUCUUUGAUUAAAGAAAACAAGCGGGCUUCCGAAUCUGCCAUCUGAUUUCGCUAAAGAAUCCGGCUUAAAACACAGCAGGGCGGCUUGCCAAGGGUGACAAGUGCAAAGGAGGGUUAUAAAUGUGAAAAAUGAUUUGUCUGCAAGUUUACAUCAGAGUGCUGGGCUUCUGCUUCUUCAUGGUUUCACAAGUUCAAGGGAAGAAUCUAGACAGCAUGCUCCACGGGACAGGGAUAAAGACUGAUACCAGUCAGAACAAGCAGGAAGAUGGAGUAACCCUGGCUCCGGAGGACACGUUGCCUUUUUUGGAGUGCUACUGCUCAGGGCACUGUCCGGAAGGUGCCGUCAAUAAUACAUGCAAAACGAAUGGACAUUGCUUUGCCAUCAUUGAAGAAGAUGAAAAUGGAGAAAUUACACUUGCUUCAGGCUGCAUGAAGUAUGAAGGUGCAGACUUCCAGUGCAAGGAUUCUCGAAAAGCACAGGUUCGGCGGACAAUUGAAUGCUGUCGGACAGACUUCUGCAAUCGAGAUUUGCAACCCACAUUACCUCCGCCUAGUCCAGAUGGAUUCUUUGAAGGCGGCAUUCGCUGGAUAGCUGUUCUCAUUUCUAUGGCAAUCUGCAUAAUAGUUAUGAUCAUCUUGUUUAGCUGUUUCUGCUACAGGCAUUAUUGUAAGUGGGUUGCAAAAAGACGGUGUUAUAAUCGUGACCUGGAGCAAGAUGAAGCCUUCAUUCCUGUUGGGGAAUCCCUGAAGGAUCUAAUUGACCAGUCACAGAGCUCCGGCAGCGGUUCAGGCCUUCCUCUUUUGGUCCAGCGCACUAUUGCCAAACAAAUUCAGAUGGUGCGGCAAGUUGGGAAAGGGCGAUAUGGCGAAGUGUGGAUGGGGAAGUGGCGGGGUGAGAAAGUGGCCGUGAAAGUGUUUUUUACCACUGAAGAAGCCAGUUGGUUUCGAGAAACAGAGAUUUACCAGACAGUCCUCAUGCGCCACGAAAAUAUACUCGGUUUUAUAGCGGCAGAUAUUAAAGGCACGGGCUCCUGGACCCAGCUGUACUUGAUUACAGAUUAUCAUGAAAACGGAUCUUUGUACGAUUUCCUGAAAUGCACCACUCUGGACAGCAGAGCUCUGCUCAAACUAGCUUACUCCGCUGCUUGCGGUCUGUGCCAUUUGCACACGGAGAUAUACGGAACGCAAGGCAAGCCCGCGAUUGCGCACAGAGAUCUGAAGAGCAAAAACAUCUUGAUAAAGAGAAACGGGACUUGCUGCAUUGCUGAUUUGGGCCUGGCUGUCAAAUUCAACAGUGACACAAAUGAAGUGGAUGUUCCUUUAAAUACGAGAGUGGGAACUAAACGCUACAUGGCACCAGAAGUCCUGGAUGAGAGUCUGAAUAAAAAUCAUUUCCAGCCAUACAUCAUGGCUGACAUCUAUAGCUUCGGCUUGAUCAUUUGGGAAAUGGCUCGGCGUUGUGUCACGGGAGGUAUUGUUGAAGAGUACCAAUUACCAUAUUAUGAUAUGGUGCCAAGCGAUCCUUCGUAUGAGGAUAUGAGAGAGGUGGUGUGCGUUAAGCAUCUGCGCCCAGUAGUAUCUAAUCGAUGGAAUGGUGAUGAGUGUUUAAGAGCAAUAUUGAAGUUGAUGUGCGAAUGCUGGGCUCACAAUCCCGCCUCGAGACUCACAGCUUUGAGGAUUAAGAAGACUCUGGGGAAGAUGGUAGAAUCUCAAGACGUCAAGAUCUGAUCAGUGGUUGUUGCUGAGGAGUGAAGUUUGGACUUCUGGAGCUUUUCACUCAAGCAAGUGUAGGGUCUGGUAGGAAAGGGGGGAGAUGCUUCUGAGCUUCAGAACAGCUCUUCACCAUACUUCCACAGGCUGCUAACAUGAAAUCGUACAGUACUUUGUAGAAUCAUGGUUACCACAUAUGGUCAGCCUUGUUUUACUUUUUGUUUCAAAAGCUUCAUUGAGACUUCCAUCACACUUUCAAACUCCCGCAGAACUUUGAGUACUGAAUUGCACAUUUAGAGAUAUAUGCAGUGCUUUCUGUGAAAGCCUUAAGUUAAACUAAACAACAAUGAAAAAUAAGCUUUUACUUUUUCUUGUUCUUGUGGGGGGUGGGGAGAGACUUCUACCUGAUGAUAUCAUACCACGUCUUGGGCAGGAAAUCUGCCCUCGCUGCUUCUCUGGGUGAACCAGGGCAGUUUGUAAUUCGACAGUUCCUUAUGCCAUUUACGGUUUUGUUUGCUUGCCACGAUUUUUCUGCUGCCAUUUGGAGUACCGAAGAAGCCAUUUGAGUUCGUGCAAAGUUACCGUUUUUCCUGCAAUGCCUUUGCAACAAGAGCAUGAAAACCUGUUUAAGGACAUUGAUUUUUCACCCUCCUUUUUGUGUGUGCUGCAUGGGAAAAAAAGACAAUACGCUUCAUGACCAAAAGUCAGUGGCUACUACAUACUAUGCAGUAAGUCACCUUCACGUCUGGUGUGAAAAGUCAACCUUGACUCAGUUCAUACUUCUAGUGCUGUGUAUUCUUGGAAGACUGAACACACAACAUAGAUCAGUUAAACUUCUCUGAUAAUUUAAGUGCCUGUAAUCUUGUACUGUAAACCGUACCAUAGCUAGCUCUAAAAAGGGAAGUUAUUUAUAUAGUGUUUAAUGUACUUUUAUUUGCUAAAUACUUGCUGUUUUGUAUAUGUGCAAAUACACCAUAUGCCAAUCUGAAACUAAUGAGAUCACAAAUAAUCAUGUCCACGUUUGAUGAACAACACACACACAAAGUGUGACAUCCUGAAAUGUUAAACGGUCUGUCAAACUAUGUGCCUAGAUACUACAGAGUUGUUUAAAUUUCCCUUUCAGAGACAUUAAGUCAGAAAUUUAAUGCCAUACUAGUGUGAAUUUAAAUACCUGUCAAAAAUGGGGUUGUGUGUUUUUUAAAUUUUGCUCUGUAGGUUGCAAAAUGCCAAUGGUCAGGCAAACUAUUGCAGUAUUUUUAAUUUAUAUCUUGGUGUACAAAUUUUAUUUAACAUUUCCUUAAGUCAUUGCUUUUUCAGUAAUGCUUUUUUAAAAAGUAUUAUCACCUGUUCAGCUGAACAAUUCAUGAGUACGUAAGCUAUGAAUUAAUUUAUUUUGAAAGCAGGAAGUCAUGGAAAAAUACUGUGCCACAGGUCUGAAGCAAAAAGGAUUAUGCUUUUUCCGUCCAUUGCCAAGAAAAUUGAUCUCAGACUUUUGUUUUGCACAGGUAGCUGGUAGACAUUCGGUACAACCCACCCUCCCAAAUAUUAGUCUAGACCAGGGGUUACAUACCCCUGGUCUAGACCAAUAGCUUUCAGAGAGCCAUUGCUGCUUCCACCCACCAGUUGCAGGAUGCUUGCACGUCUGCCCCAUAAUUCUUGUGCAUUGCUGAGGACUUUAGAGAUGCAGGCAUGUUCUACAGUGCUUACUCAGUUCACACAGAGCAUUGGCUAGAACUAGUUGGGCCUCACCGCUAACCUCUCAUAAGAUGAGAGCACAUCCCAGAAUAUAGCCUGUUCUUCUGUUGUUCCUGCACAGUGUGGAGAUAAGGAAGAAUGGCAGUGGUGGGCAGUAUGUCUCAAGGAAGCUUUUCUCAAACUGGUACCCCCCAGAACUGUCCAAGCCCCCCCCCCCCCAAUAAAAUCUGGGGAAGUGUGUGUUUUUCAUCUUCCCAGCCAGAAUAUCUGAGUCCUUGUUUAAGUGCCAUGAGAGGUUUGGUAGCUUUAUUAGUGCUUAAGGUGCUGAAAUUUAAUUUUAACGUUUGACUCAAGUUUCCAGUGCUGGAUCAGAGCCAUCAUACCUAGAAUCCAGUAUAUGCUCUAAUUUUUACUAUACCGAAGGGCUAUUAAAUGUCUUCGGGAUUUUUCCCCUACCUAAGAGACAUCUUACAGUGAAUUGCCCUUAUUUCAAAACAUGCCUGCUUUCUUCAGCAGGGGCAACAUAAAGCUGGCAUUUCACUUUUUUUUUUUAAAGUACCACCUUCUUUAAAACUCUGCAUUUAGAAUGUCGUUCCUUAGGAAAUCUUGAGAUUCAAAUACUUCCCAUUUCUUGUCAGAAUGUUCUUACCAAUUAUGUCUUUUACUCUGGUUUCUGGUGUAGCUGUGCAUAUUGCUAAACUGUGGCCACGAAUUAGUUCAUGUGACAGUAAGGUUCAAAAUUUCUUGUAAUAUACAGGAUGGUAAAGUACCCCCUCAUACCCACCCCCAGGAACUUUACAGUGAUUUAUCCUUUGUCCUUGUUAGUUCAGCUCGGGGGAAAUAUACUUCUGAUCUGCCUUCUCCCCGCUACUAACCAGUUAUCCACAUUAAUAAAAGGGAAAUGUUUUGGUAGCUGUUUUAGUAAUUCUGAAGCACACUUCUCAACUGUUCCUCUUGCAGUUUGCAAAGUUGUGCCAAUGGGGGGGGGGGGGCAUGAAAAAAGCAGGUGCAAUUCUUUUGAAAUCAUUGAGGAGCAUCGGUGAGCUUUAAAAAUGAAUUCAUGUGUCCGGUGCAUGUGACAGUAUGGAAUGCUUUCAGAGGGAUAAGAAUAUAGGCAAAUUUCCAUUUAGAAUAUGACUUGCAAUUGAGAUGUUCCAAAACGUCAGUCAAAUCAGGUGAUGUUACUGGCCCUUUUGCAUAUUUUCCUGCCGUCAUUUGGAGUAACUCCACCCAAAAUGUCUUUUCGGCCAAGAAUGUAGAGAUUUUCUGAAGUAUCGCCGUACCAGAAGGGGAUGUUUUUUUGUUAAGAAAGGAGCCUUAUUAAAAGAAUGGAGGUCUUACUGGUAAACAGAACUUUUGUGGUACCAAUAAGAACAUCAUUAUAUAGUAGCUUUAUCACACCAUUAAAUGCCUCUGUAAAUACUUGCUUUUAUCUAGUGACUGGGGCUCCCUGUUCCUUAGUAUAAAAUCUUCCUAAUCGUGACUUUGUCACGAAUCCACAAAACUCUGCUUCACUUUUCUCUGCCGUCAUUAUUCUCCGUUUCCUGUGCUUGUCUUGUUAAUGCCUUCACCUAUUUUAGGGGCUUGCUCCCAGGCUGUCUUAGCUGUAAGCAUAAUGUAUUGGUGGUUCCAUGGUGCUACUGUAGCUGCGUUUGCCACAUUACAUAGUACAUGGAGGACGUACUCCCUGCAACCAUGAAUACUAGAACCUUUGUGGUUUGGACAAAGGAGAAUGAAAAGAAAAUGUAAAAACAACAACCUGAGUUCCAUUCCUGCUCCCUAAAUCCAACUGUAACCGCGGGCUAGUGGGCAUGUUAUCUGUCUUCAAGCUCUGAAAGCCAAAUUGACUGCUAAUACUAAAAUUAGGAAUCAGUGUGUAACUGCUACUCCUAUUUGAGUGUGGAAAGAUGUCCAUUGAACUGUUUCCAGUAAAAUCUUUAGUUAUGUUUUGAGCUAGCAUUGUUCUGAUAGUUCUAUCUCAAGCUAGCCUAGGCACCCUUGAUAGUCUCUCAACACUUGUAUUUCAUUUCCGAAACCCUCUGGGUUGUCUGCUACAGAUAUUCCUUCCAUUUCCUCCAGCAACUUCAUGUGACUUCCACAAGGGCAUUGCCGAGGGAAGGAAAACCCUUUCUGGAGGGCUGAGAUAAAAAGGGGAACCAGAGUAGAGUCCUCCUCCUUUCCACUUCUGUAAGAGGAACAGUGGUGGGGCACCAAGUUUAUGACAAGGGAAGCAGGUGUCCUUCUCUUGCACAAGUCUCAGUGAAAAGUCUUCUGUGGUAGCGAGCACUUCUGUGCCACACCUGUUCAUCCUGGCUUUGCGCUGAAGUUCAUGCUAGAUUGUUUCUAGAAUAAAGAUGCCUCGGGGUUGUGAGUCACAUCAAAUGUAUACAAAACGAUUCUUAAAUCAUCUCCCUGGAAGGUCUCCUUUAGUUCCCUUGAAUGCAGUAGAGAAGCCCACGUGCUGAAUUCAUGUUUUGUGCUCUGACUUAAUUGUGCCCCAAUAUAAAAAUGUACUAUAUUGUAUACAGAGAGAAUAACGUAGCUAACCUAUAGAAGAUGUAAAUAAAGAAAAGAGGGUGGAAUAAGCAGUACGAUUAUACUCUUUUUGUUUGUUACAUAUGCCAGAAGUGUAGAAUGUUUUUAAAUAUUAACAUGCUAAAGUGUCUUUUUUUUGUAUAGCAUCUGAUUAAAAAGGUGCCUUAAGUUUACCGUGAAUUGCUUUGUUCUGUACACAAAUUUAUGUCAUUGUAUCAUUUUUAAGUAAAUAAUCUUAUUUUAGUAAA